GGCGGGCGGCGCAGCCCCUCUCCCCAGCCCGGCCCGGCCCGGCCCCCGCCCGUCCCCGCCCCGCGGGCUGCGGGCUGGAGGCAGCCGUGCCGAGCCGAGCCUCGCCGUGCCGAGCCGCCCUCGGGAAAGCAUCUCGCCGCCGUGCUCCGCGCCCCUCCACGCCCGGCCAUGCUGUGCCGCUGCCCCCCCCCGGCCAGCGGAGCCGCCCCCCGCGCAGCCUGAGCGCCUCCGGGAAGCGGCGCUCCGCGCUCCGGCCAUGGGGAAGGGGCUGGAGGGCACGGCGGCCCGCUGCGGGCUGGGACUGGGAUACCUGCUGCACACCGUGGUGCUCCCCGCGCUGGCCGUCCUGGGGGCCAGCCGGCCCGGCUCCGCCGCGCAAGAUGAUGAUUUUUUUCAUGAACUUCCAGAAACUUUUCCUUCUGAUCCUCCAGAGCCACUACCCCACUUUCUCAUUGAACCUGAAGAGGCUUACAUUGUGAAAAACAAGCCUGUGAAUCUGUACUGCAAAGCGAGCCCAGCCACGCAGAUCUAUUUUAAGUGCAACAGUGAAUGGGUUCAUCAGAAGGACCAUGUGGUGGAUGAGAGAGUAGAUGAAACCUCCGGUCUGAUUGUCCGAGAAGUAAGCAUCGAGAUUUCCCGCCAGCAAGUGGAGGAGCUCUUCGGGCCAGAAGACUACUGGUGCCAGUGCGUCGCCUGGAGCUCUGCCGGCACCACCAAGAGCAGGAAAGCCUACGUCCGUAUCGCAUAUCUCCGGAAGACUUUUGAGCAGGAGCCCCUGGGGAAAGAAGUGUCCCUGGAGCAAGAGGUCCUGCUCCAGUGCCGUCCCCCUGAAGGCAUCCCAGUAGCUGAGGUGGAGUGGCUGAAGAAUGAAGAAGUGAUUGACCCCGUGGAAGACCGAAAUUUUUACAUCACCAUUGAUCACAACCUGAUCAUCAAGCAAGCCCGGCUUUCUGACACAGCCAACUACACCUGUGUCGCCAAAAACAUCGUGGCCAAAAGGAAAAGCACUACAGCGACUGUGAUCGUAUAUGUGAACGGUGGCUGGUCUACCUGGACGGAGUGGUCAGUGUGCAACAGCCGAUGUGGGAGAGGCUUUCAGAAGCGCACCAGGACAUGCACCAACCCUGCCCCACUCAACGGCGGUGCCUUCUGCGAGGGCCAAAGCGUUCAGAAAAUAGCUUGCACCACCCUGUGUCCAGUGGAUGGCAAGUGGACAUCCUGGAGCAAGUGGUCCACGUGCGGCACGGAGUGCACCCACUGGCGCCGGAGGGAGUGCACGGCCCCGGCGCCAAAGAACGGGGGGAAGGACUGCGAGGGGCUGGUGCUGCAGUCCAAGAACUGCACGGAUGGGCUCUGCAUGCAGGGUUUCAUUUAUCCUAUUUCAACUGAACAGAGAACCCAGAAUGAAUAUGGAUUUUCUUCUGCUCCUGACUCGGAUGAUGUUGCUCUCUACGUCGGGAUCGUCAUCGCCGUGAUCGUGUGCCUGGCUAUUUCUGUGGUUGUGGCCCUCUUCGUCUAUCGCAAGAAUCACCGUGACUUCGAGUCAGACAUUAUCGACUCCUCGGCGCUAAAUGGAGGAUUUCAGCCUGUUAAUAUCAAGGCUGCAAGGCAAGACCUCCUGGCAGUGCCACCAGACCUCACUUCUGCAGCAGCCAUGUACAGGGGUCCUGUUUAUGCUUUGCAUGAUGUCUCUGAUAAAAUUCCAAUGACCAAUUCUCCAAUCCUGGACCCCCUGCCCAACCUGAAGAUUAAGGUCUAUAAUACUUCCGGUGCAGUCACCCCCCAGGAUGACCUCUCUGACUUCUCCUCCAAGCUGUCCCCACAGAUUACCCAGUCCCUGCUGGAGAAUGAGACCCUGAACAUGAAGAAUCAGAGCCUUGCUCGGCAAACAGACCCAUCGUGUACUGCAUUUGGGACCUUCAACUCCUUAGGGGGCCACCUAAUAAUUCCCAAUUCAGGAGUGAGCUUGCUGAUCCCAGCGGGGGCCGUUCCCCAGGGGAGAGUCUAUGAGAUGUAUGUGACAGUUCACAGGAAGGAGAGCAUGAGGCCUCCUGUAGAAGACAGCCAGACCCUGCUGACGCCGGUGGUGAGCUGUGGGCCCCCAGGAGCGCUGCUAACCCGGCCCGUUGUGUUGACCAUGCACCACUGCGCAGAACCCAACACAGAUGACUGGCAGAUCCACCUGAAGCACCAGGCUGCCCAAGGGCCGUGGGAGGAUGUGGUGGUAGUCGGGGAGGAAAACUUCACCACCCCAUGCUACAUCCAGCUGGACCCCGAAGCCUGCCAUAUCCUGACAGAGACCCUCAGCACAUACGCCUUGGUGGGACAGUCCAUCACCAAAGCAGCAGCCAAACGUCUCAAACUGGCCAUCUUUGGACCACUGUCCUGCUCUUCGCUGGAGUACAACAUCCGCGUCUACUGCCUCGAUGACACGCAGGAUGCCCUUAAGGAGGUCCUCCAGCUCGAGCGGCAGAUGGGUGGGCAGCUUUUGGAGGAACCCAAAACUUUGCAUUUUAAGGGAAGCACCCACAACCUCCGCUUGUCCAUUCAUGACAUUGCCCACUCUCUCUGGAAGAGCAAACUACUGGCUAAAUACCAGGAGAUUUCUUUUUACCACAUCUGGAGCGGGUGCCAGAGGAACCUGCACUGCACCUUCACUCUGGAAAGGUUCAGCCUCAAUACCCUGGAGCUGGUCUGCAAACUCUGCGUGCGGCAAGUCGAAGGAGAAGGGCAGAUCUUCCAGCUGAACUGCUCCGUGUCAGAGGAGCCAACUGGCAUCGAUUACCCCGUCAUGGACUCAGCAGGCACCAUCACCACGAUAGUUGGUCCCAACGCAUUCAGCAUCCCCCUCCCGAUCCGGCAGAAGCUCUGCAGCAGCCUGGAUGCACCCCAGACCAGGGGCCAUGACUGGAGGAUGCUGGCCCACAAGCUGAAACUGGACAGGUACCUAAAUUAUUUUGCUACGAAAUCGAGUCCCACCGGGGUGAUCCUGGAUCUCUGGGAAGCCCAGAAUUUCCCUGACGGCAACCUGAGCAUGCUGGCAGCAGUUCUGGAAGAAAUGGGAAGACAUGAAACCGUGGUUUCUUUGGCAGCAGAAGGAAAUUACUGAUACAGCCUUGGCGUGAACAGGAAGGACAGACACAGGGAGCGGUAAAGCCCUGUUAUUGCAAACGAAAAUUGAAAUGAAAACCCAGACCAAUGAGUUACACAAGAGACAUUUCAGAGAAGAAAGCAAGCAAACAAACAGAAAAAAAAUAUACAGCCCUGACCUUCACAUGUGCUCUCCUUGUACAUUAUCACAGGAUCUAAGAGAAAUCAUGCAAAGUUGUACCUUGAAAAUAUAAAUCAACCUAAUGUUCCUCUUGGCUUGGCUGUACACUGCUUGGUACAGGAUUUUACAGUUUCCUAGGAAACGCUUUUUAUUGCUAUCCAGAUAUAUGGAUAAACUUUCUUAACAAUCCCAGUUUCUAUGGAUGUUGUUUACAUCAAAUUCUGGACAGGGGUAAGGAGACUGUCCAUGGCUCUUUAUAUUUUUUGUUUAAAGCCAUUCCAGACAAGGCUGUGGACAGUUGGUUGUGGCUAUUUCAGAUUAUUGGUUUCUGGUGAAUUCAGAUUUUGGCUACAAUUCCACGCAUCAAUUGUCUCACAAUGAUCCUCCUGUCAUUAUUCUGUUUCCUAGACCUACCUGU